CGCGAAAUUUUCCAUUUCCGGUAUGGAUAAUCAACAUCUUUUGAUGCCUUUUCAAAAUGAUCCCUGGAAAUCUCCUUCACAACCUGUUUUAUUACAGAAUGCACCGACAGAUCCAAGAUAUUGUUUUAUUAGUUCUGAAAACUACAUUGAUUCACUAGAAAAGAAGCUGAAGCAACUAAAAGGAAAGACUGCCAAGGAGUCUACAUCAAAGGAAAUGGUAGAUUCUUUGGGUCGAGUUCGUGACGACCAAAUGCAGAGCUUCCUGAAUACAGACAGCUGUGACAGACUGAUGGACUUCUCUGUGGAUAUCACAGACCCUUCUGCUGCCGCAUUCCUACAAAGGCGUUUGCAUCCCGAGAGACAGGCAGUUAAUUCUGAGGAACUCGUGUACUUACUGCAAGAUGAUGCUCUGUCUAAAACUGUUACAGAAAACAGUGAAAAUAUUGAAGAAUGUAGUGAUGAUUCCAUAACGCUGAGCAAGACAGAUUUGCAAGUUUCAACAAAUCAAUAAAAUGUAUGCACAGAUGCUUAGUAUUAUAAAAAUUACCUUUUAUAUCUUAUUAAUAUGUACGUAUAAAUUAUAAUACUGUUAAAGGUGUU